ACGAACGGCGCUCGAAAGGUCAGUUUGUUUGUUGAAUUCCCAGCGAGCUGAAGGUUGCUGCCGGAGAUCGAAACCCGGGCGACCAUUUUGUAAAGCCAUUUUUACAUCUUUCCCAUCCUCGUGAUUGCAUGUGCGCUGUGCCAGCUACAAUCACGUACAGAUUCCAUACGUAGGAGACAUUCCUUUGGAUGUUUGUGAGUUUACGUGAAAGGCGUUAAGGUGUAACAUCUGCCACCAAGUAGAGUGAAAAACUGUGCCAAGAAAAGUGCCUUUGGUGUGCAUGAAAGCAAAGUGAGAUCAGUGUCAAACCCCCGCUUCAAAACACCCACACAACCACACACAGCAUGAUUUCGGAACUGUUCCAAACGAUGCACAAGGCCCGCUUCAGCGGCAUCCGGAUCGUGCCGGAAAACUCGCCCUCGCUGCAGCAAACGUGCGUCCGCGCGUUCGUCGAGAGCGUGCGCAGGACGCGGACGCAGCAGCAGCAGUGCAGCGAGGAGCGGCUGAUGCAGCUGCAGUUCCUGCCGGCCCCGCUGCUGACGCCCAUCCUCGACCGCAUGUGCCGCUAUCCCGAGCUGCGCAGCAUGCUGCGCGACGAGCUCACCGAUCCGGUCCUGUUCAUGAAGCUGUUCAACGGGUACGCACCGGACUACGACACGCUGGAGAAGUGUCUGCGGGAGGCGGCCCGCACCGUCGGCCGGCCCGCCGUCCUGCGCGAUCUCGCCCACAACUACUGUGAUAUGUUGCGCACCGAGCUGCGCGUGGCGUCGUUGCGCAAGGGCGAAACGCGCGACCAGCCGCGCAUCCGGGCGCGGGUGCUCGAAUCGCUUCGGUUCGGCGACUACCUGUACGAGGCCGGCUGGUGCCGGUGCGGCGCCGUGGUACUGACGCUCGCGCAGGACCUGCUCGAGCUGCUGGUACCGCCCGCCACCCGUGCCCUGCAGCUGGAGUGUCUGGUGCGGUUGCUGCGCGCCCAAAUCGGUGCCUGCCUGACGGCGCGCGCCUCCCACACCGUGCAGCGGCUGCACGCGUUCCUGCAGCAGGUCGGCGAGUCGGCCCCCCAACUACCCCUAGUCAAGGCGUACCUGCAGCUCGGCAGCUACUACUACCACGUGCAGGACUACGACCGCUGCCACCAGUGGGCGCUGCGGGCGCUCGCCUCCGCCGCCGACGGGGACGACGCACCGGCCAAGGGUGACGUCAUCGACGUGCUGCAGCUGAUCGCGCUGUUCUGCGUCGCGAAGGAGCGCCACGAUCUGGCCAACAUGCUGAUCAGUCAGGCGGUGCAGCGGGCCCGCACCGAGUACGGCGGCCUGCAUCGCAAGUACGCGGACGUCCUGCAGCAGUACGGGUUCGUGCUGCUGCGCAUGAACGCCAUCCUGCCCGCGAUCACCGCGUUCACCGAGUGUCUGGACGUGACCGGGCGCGUGUACGGGCUGCUCAGCCCGCACGCCGUCGUGCUCGAGGGCUACCUCGCCCACUGUCUCUAUCUGCGGUCCCACACGACCGGCCGGUUCGAUAUGGCGCUGCGGCAUGCCGAGACGGCGCUCGAGCUGGCCAGCCAGCUGAUGCCGGCGAGUCGCCGCGUCCGGGAGCAGCUCGAGCGCACGCGCGAUCUGAUCCUGCGCGGACCGGACCAGCGCCGGGACACCAAAGAAAGUCAACCGUCGCGCGAACGCGACUACCAUCCCUUCACGCUGCGCGAGAUCAAAGAGAAGUUCUUCGAGCUGGACUCGUCCUUCGAGCGUGACGGGCUUGCCUGCAGCGGCUAGCGGCGUGCUCCGGGCUCGUGCCAUCAUACCGCCCUCACCUGAAGCCCUGUCGAAUUAAAAGAAACAGACCUAGAGUGUGUUGUGUGGAGCCCGAUUCGCUCCGAAACCCAAGACUUUUAACUGUUACAGCAUUUAGUGUAGUCGUCUGUGUGUGCCACGUGUCGAGAUAUAGUGUUUAAGAAUUAUGUGCUACCCCUGUCGUCGCCUCGCCGUAUUAAUCCCCAUUUUGCGAUGAUGGUUCUCGCGAGGCUAUAUACAAGAUUCGUCGAUUUUAAGAUGAAAAAUAAAAAAGCAUGUUUUUUACUGUUCAAUAAUCAAAA